AUGGCUGAGAAGAAGGCAAAGAAGAAGUCCUCGAAGAAGGCGAGAUCGGGAUCUCAGGGAGCCAGCUUUGAUCAGAAGACCAUUCAAGAGUUCAAAGAGGCUUUCGGUAUCAUGGAUCAGAACAAAGAUGGCAUCAUUGACAAGAGCGAUCUCAAGGAUUUGUAUGCCUCUUUGGGACAAGUUGCCCCCGAUUCACAAUUGGAUGCGAUGUUGAAGGAAGCCCCUGGACCCCUCAACUUCACCACUUUCCUCACACUUUUCGGUGAAAGACUUACUGGAACUGAUCCAGAGGCCACUAUUAUUGGAGCAUUCCAGAUGUUCGACAAGAAGGAUUGCGGAAAACUGAAAGAGGAUGAGCUGUUGAAGAUCUUGCAAAACAAGCGAGGAGAGCCUUUGGAUGAUGAUGAGAUUCAAGCAAUGUACAAGGGAAAGCCACCAAUUGAGAAUGGAGAGUGCGACUACAAGGCUUUUGCUCGAUUGAUCACCACCGGAGCUCAAGACGAGCUGUCCAAGGCU